GUCACCUGCAAAGAGUGUCCUUCUCUCAACAAAGGGGAGUGAGGAGAGCCCUACAGUGGUGGCCUCUUUGUUUGUCCCACAGGAGCCCUGCAAUGAAGACUCCCUCCAGGUGCAUCCGUCCUCUCCUUCUCUUUUCAGAUAGUGGCAGUGCACACCGCUUUAUUCCCAUGUUUACUGCUUUUCGAACAACUUAGUCCUGUUCUGCAACCGCUCCAAAUCUGUUUAUUCCAAUAAAGUAAUACAGGCAACAGAAACAAUCAUAUCCAUGCCUUCCAUUUGAAAUUCAACAAUAAAUCUAUUCCAGGUUAUAUAUUGUAACAGACAUAAUCUUACUCUGAAAAAAUAAAUAAAUCAAGUGCCCUGCACAAUAAUAGCAUUGAUUGGGGUGCCUGGCCCAAGAAAACAGAAUGUCAAUAAUUGUAAAUAAAGUGAAAGAAAGUGGCGAAUUGGCAGCACUGGGGAAGGUCUAGUUUCAUCUUUGAAAAUAAAAUACAAAAAGAAGCACUAAAAAACAGCUAAAAAGGUCAUGUUUUGGUUUGUUGGCCUUCUUCAGAGCGCGAUUGUGGUAGCUGCACACCAGGCUUUUAUCAGCCAAUAAUGAAUUGAAUCACAGAGUUCUGAAUUGUACCAUUUCAAAAGUGUACAAAAUUAUAAUCUUCCUAUUUUCAAAAACAAAAUGAUAUGUUCUGGCCUUCACUAACAGUGUUGUCUGAAAUUCAGUAUUAAUCGGACUGCUGAAAGUCUGGUAAUUCCUGAGUUUGAGUGUUUCCUCUGGCAGUGACCAGGGCUUUGUGCUGAUGCACCUCCACAUCCCUCAACUUGUCUUUGUUAUUUUAAGCAAAGACUAAGCUGUACUCUCUGUGAGUGGGGGAUUGGAUCACUUCCCAUGAGGGUUGCAGCCAGGCAUUAGGACGUCUGGGUCGCUGAGAUCCACGUGAAUCGUGUCAGCGUGUUCUUGUGUUCACGUAUCAUUGACAGCAUAAUUGAGGAGAGCCAGAGGGGUGGCACUGCAGAGGAGGUGUCACUCACAGAGGAUGUUUGGAAAAUUAAGAAUGAGGUGUCUGGGGUGCCUUUGGCCCCAGGGGUCAUGGCUGUGGGGCAGCACAUCACUGUUGAUAACCUACACGAGCCUGCUGAGGUAUGCAUUGCCACUGAGCAGGAGGACACUCCCAAAACUGGGGGUCUAGGGAAACACUACCCCUCAACUACAAGAGCCCCAGAUAUUACCAGCAGCCUCAUCCACAAUUGGCAAAGCCCACCAUCUCCCCAGGUGUCUGCAGAGGAGGGGCGGGAGCAGGAAGCAACUGACAUUUUGGAAGAAGUCUCUCACACUGUGUUCUCCGGCCCUGCUAAGCCCCCAAGGCAGUUCUCCACUGAGCCAGACAUUGUAGCCAGCACUAAGAAGUCCCCGCCUAUGAGGCCACCCCUUCCUAGUGGCACUCCUCCACCUCGACCUCCUCCCCCGUUUCGUCCUCCACCGCCAUCCCGUACAGGGACCCAAGAGGUGCUGCGGCCAUCAAAACUAGAAGUGUCCUUCAAGCCAGUGGAGCCUUGUGGUUUGAUGUCUCCCAGCACUACAGUGGAAUGUAUCACCAAGGAGCUGCAGCACUCUUUGGACUUGGCCAGUGCAACUAGCGGGGACAAAUUGGUAAUCACCCAAGAGCAUGACAGACAAAGCUCCGCCUCCCCCACUGCUGAGACAGCUGGAGCCCAGCGACCGCGAUCCAACUCCGGUCGUGAGUUGACAGAUGAGGAGAUACUGUCAAGUGUUAUUAUUAAGAACUUGGACACUGGGGAGGAGAUCCCGUUGAGCCUGGCGGAGGAGAAGCUGCCCAAUGGAAUCAACCCGCUCACACUCCAUAUCAUGAGGAGGACCAAAGAGUACAUCACGGAUGAUAUUGAGCAGUCAGAUGAUGAAGACAAGUCCCAGUCUCAGUUGUCUGAGACAGAUGGAGGAAAGCUCAAACAAAGAACAACAAAAUUUAAGAAGUUCUUGGGUAAAUCUGUUAAGAGGGCCAAACACUUUGCAGAAGAGUAUGGUGAGAAGGCUGUAAACAAAGUGAAGAGUGUCCGCGAUGAAGUGUUCCAUAUGGACCAGGAUGACCCCUCUUCUAGUGAUGAUGAGGGGAUGCCCUACACCAGACCACUCAGAUUCAAAGCUGCUCACGGCUUCAAGGGCCCUUUCGAUUUUGACCAGAUAAAAGCUGUCCAAGACCUGAGUGGGGAGCACACGGGUGCCGUGUGGACAAUGAAGUUCUCUCACUGUGGAAGACUGCUGGCCACCGCAGGACAAGACACCAUUGUGCGGAUCUGGGUCUUGAAGAAUGCCUUUGACUUCUUCUACAACAUGCGGAUGAAGUACAACACAGACGGGAGGGUUUCCCCAUCCCCUUCUCAGGAAAGCUUGUGUUCUUCAAAAUCAGAUGCAGAUGGUGGGAUUAACACCGCCCCAGAGGACCCCGACACCGAAGACAGUAACGCCCCCUUCCGACAGGUUCCCUUCUGCAAGUACAAAGGGCACACAGCUGACCUGCUGGACCUGUCCUGGUCUAAGAACUACUUCCUUCUGUCAUCAUCAAUGGACAAGACGGUCAGGCUAUGGCACGUAUCAAGAAGAGAGUGUCUGUGCUGCUUCCAGCACAUUGACUUUGUCACGGCCAUUGCUUUCCACCCCAGAGAUGACCGGUAUUUCCUCAGUGGCUCUCUGGAUGGGAAGCUGCGGCUCUGGAACAUUCCUGACAAGAAGGUGGCGCUGUGGAAUGAGGUGGACGGGCAGACGCGUCUCAUCACCGCCGCCAACUUCUGCCAGAAUGGGAAGUACGCUGUCAUUGGCACUUAUGACGGGCGCUGCGUCUUCUACGACACAGAGCACCUUAAAUACCACACCCAAAUCCACGUGCGAUCUACCAGAGGCAGGAACCGAAUUGGCCGCAAGAUCACCGCGAUAGAGCCACUACCUAGAGAGAACAAGAUUUUGGUGACCUCCAAUGAUUCAAGGAUUCGUUUAUACGACUUAAGAGAUCUCUCUUUGUCUAUGAAGUACAAAGGUUAUGUCAACAGCAGCAGUCAAAUCAAGGCGAGUUUCAGUCAUGAUUACUCAUUCAUCGUGAGUGGCUCAGAGGACAGAUUUGUUUACAUCUGGAGCACCUACCAUGACUUGAGCAAAUUCACCUCUGUUCGGCGAGACCGCAAUGAUUUCUGGGAAGGAAUCAAAGCCCACAAUGCUGUUGUCACGUCAGCCAUCUUUGCACCCAACCCCAGUGCAAUUGUUCCAUCUGAAGCAGGCCUGGAAACACUGGAUGCAGAGUGCAAGAGCACAGACUCUGGAGGCUCCGAUACCAUCCCAUCAGGUGCACUGAAGACAGAUCAUACAGAGGUACUGAUCUCAGCAGACUUCACUGGUGCCAUCAAAGUGUUCAUCAACAUGAAAAAGUACUGAGAUCAACCAACCCUCAACUGCAAACAAAGUCCUCUCCAUCCUGCAUUCCACACCAGAGUACAUUUCGGUGACUUGCUACUCAAGUCUACUUGCUACUCAACAGCUGCUGAAGUGUACCCUCAAAUUAGGAAGAGGGUACUGUCCUCCCGCUUCCACAGAACAGGAGCUCUUAAGCUAGAGUAUGACGGAAAGGUGAGGAAGAAAUCAGCUGAUGAAACUGGGACACUGUUUUUCUGUUCUGCUAGCAUUUAGUGUCCUUAGGGGACCAAAAAGAGAUAUACUGUAGUGCUCAAGCAAAUGACUAAACUGAGGAAAUGCAAAUAUGUGAUUAGGACCUGGAGUUUUUCUGAAUUAAAUGGUAUUAUUUCCAUUGGCAUGAGAAAAAACUGCUCUAAGCACUGUCAGGUCAGUGGAGAAGAGUUUACAAAGAUUUGACCAACAGGGUCAGAUUCUCCAAACACAUUAUCAGAGAAUGUUCUCUCGGACACACUGUAAUUUAAUUUAUGGCACUUUAUGUUGUGAAUGAAUAGAAAACUAAAUAGAUUAAUUAUUUUGUUUGUUCAUCCUAUAAAAAUCAAGUUUUGCUAUUCACGGCUUUGCUAUUGAAGGUCGCUCUGCCCAGUGACCCUUAUUUUAUGGUCAAGAAAUAUAAUUUACAGGAGAGGAGUGCUUCUCCACCUUCAUGCACAAACUAUUCACAAAGUAUUUGUAUUCUGUUAAUGCAGAAAGAAAAAAUCCAACUUCACCAUGUCGUUGUCAGGUUAGCAGAUAUGUUAGCAUUCAUUCUUGACGCUCAAAAGUUAUGACCUUACAGGCACGCAAGAAGGCACCGCCAAGAACUGUUUAUUAUGUUUCCGUAACACUCUUGCAAUAGAUUUCAACAUGGAUGUACAAAACAAAAAUAAAAUAAAAACAACAGAAUUGUACAAAUAA